AUGGCUACCCCCAGUGUCCUCGCUUUUGAUGCUGAGGGUCGAGCCAUUGACUUUGAGGUCUGGGUCGACGACCUGCAGUUGUUUUUACAGUGCGAUAGGGCGGACGGUCUUUCUCUCUUUGACCUCACCUCUGGCGCCUCUCCUGCUCCUGCUGCUGAUGCUGACCCCACUGUUCGCUCUCAGUGGGCCACCCGCGAUGCUGCUGUACGUCUUGCUGUGCGUCGCCACCUCCCUACCACUGAGCGCGCGCACUUUAGUCAGUACAAGAGUGCUCAGACCUUGUACGACGCUGUAGUUGCACGCUACUCUUCCCCUGCCACUGCUGCACUGAGCCGCCUCAUGCUACCGUACCUCUUUCCUGACCUUGCUGCCUUUCCCACAGUCGCUGACCUCAUUACGCACCUCCGCACUAGUGACACCCGCUACCGCGCUGCGCUUCUUGCUGAGGACCACUUCCUCUUAGUCUGUCCCAGCAGUCUCACUGUUGACCUCCUCGAGAAGGCCCUCCUAGCGGCAGAGAAGAGCAUAGUCGCUGUAGGAGCCUCUCGUGGAGACCCGUGCACCCCCAUCUUUGAGGGGUGUUCUCCUUCCCCGCUGCUGCCCUCUGUUGCCUCUGCUGCUGCUGCCGACCUGCUUGGUCUUGAGUCGGUCGGCGUGGCGUCUGCCCCUAGCGGGAGACGCCGCCCUGGCAAGGGCAAGAGGGGCAAGGGCGCGGGUGGAGCUGGCGGGGGCGGUGGAGGUGGCGGUGGAGGCGGCGGAGGGAGUGGGGGUGGCGGUGGGAGUGGUGGGGGGAGUGGUGGUGGUGGUGGCGGCAGCGGCGACGGAGGUGGUGGCGGCGGAGGCGGUGGGGGCGGAGGCGGUAGUGGUGGCGGCGGUGGAGGAGGCGGUGGCGGAGGAGGUGGAGCUGGUCGGGGUAGUGCCCCGCAGCGGAGCGGCUCUGGUGGUGGUCCGCGGCAGCAGCAGCAACUGAUCUUUGAUCUUGACUUUGAUGCUAUCCUUGCUGCCAUGUAUCCUGUGUCUAUCAGUGAUGAGGGUGACUGUUACCGGUGUUUCCCGCCCGACCCGGGCAUUGGUACGGCUGCGCUAGGUGCUUGUGAGACUGCUGCGCUAUCAGGUGCUGGUGAGGCUGCGCUCUCAGGUACUGGUGAGGCUGCGCUCCCAGGUACCGCGUCGGCUUCGGCCUCCCUCACCUUUACACUUGACUCUGGGGCUUCUCGCUCCUUCUUUCGGGACCGCACCACACUCACGCCGCUUGGCCCGCCGGUUGCGGUCUCCCUGGCUGACCCCUCUGGGGGUCCUGUCCUCUCUCACUUCUCCAUUGUCCUCCCGUGUCCAGCUGCCCCUUCGGGCACCCUGUCUCGUCUGUACCUCCCCUUGUUCUCGACGAACUUGGUAGCUGCGUCGGGUCAGGUGUUUGCUGCUGCGUCCAGGUCUGGUACUGAGUCUGCCUCCUGCUCGUGUCGCCUCCUGUCUCACGAGACUCUCCUGUGGCACCACCAUCUUGGCCACCCCUCCUUGCCCCGUCUCAAGGACAUGGCUUCCCGUGUCCUUGUCUCUGGUCUUCCCUGGUCUCUCCCUCCUCUUCCUUCGGGGCCAGGACCUUCCUGUGUCCCUUGUGUUGAGGGGUGCCUCCGGGCUGCCCCCCACUCCUCCCAGUUUCCUCCGACAGAGGCUCCUCUGCAGACGCUUCACAUGGACGUGUGGGGCCCGGCCCGCGUCCGUGGACAGGGUCACGAGCGCUACUUCCUGCUGGUGGUUGACGACUACUCGCGUUUCACCACAGUCUUCCCCUUCCGCAGCAAGGGUGAUGUCACUGAGGUGUUGAUCGACUGGAUCGGCGCAGCUCGUUUCCAGCUCAGGAGGAGCUUUGGCUCGGACUCCCCUAUUCUGCGUCUGCACUCUGACCGAGGCGGAGAGUUUUCCUCUGGCCUUCUGCGAGCCUACUAUCGUGCAGAGGGCAUCCGCCAGACCUUUACGCUUCCGGACUCUCCACAGCAAAAUGGGAUUGCUGAGCGCCGCAUUGGCAUGGUCAUGGACGUCGCUCGUACGUCCAUGAUGCAUGCGGCUGCCCCCCAUUUUCUGUGGCCGUUUGCGGUUCGGUACGCGGCAGAUCACAUCAACCUUCACCCCGGGGUUUCCCGGCCGGGGAAGGUCCGUACCUCCCCGGCCCUGCUGUGGACUGGGAAGGUCGGUGAUGCGUCUGCGUUCGGUGUCUGGGGAUCUCGGGCGUUUGUCCGUGACUUGUCUGCGGACAAGCUGUCCCCUCGUGCUGCUCCCUGUGUCUUCCUUGGCUUCCCCCCUGACGCUCCAGGGUGGCAGUUCUACCACCCCUCCUCUCGUCGUGUUCUGUCCUCCCAGGACGUCACGUUCGACGAGUCAGUCCCCUUCUACCGCCUCUUCCCCUACUGCACUCCUUCCCUCCCCCCGCCACCGGACUUCCUUGUGCCAGGUCCCCCCCAGGUAGACCCCCUCCCCCCUCAGGUUCCUGCCCCUUCAGGUGUGUCCCAGGUAGACGCAGUCGAGCCGGUCGAGGUUGCUGGUGACUCUGGUACUGCUGCGGGUGCUGAGCCUGGGGGUGCUGACUCUGGGGGUGCUGUGCGCGUGGGUGCUGAGCCUGGGGUUGCUGACUCUGGGGGUGCUGCGCCAGAGGGCGUUGAGCCUGGAGGUGCUGCGUCAGGAGCUGCUGAGCCUAGAGGUGCGGAGCCUGCGGUCGCUAGACCUCCCCUUGUGGCGUCUGGCGGUGCUGGGUCUGGAGGUUCUCUGGGUGCUCCGUCUUGGCGGGAGCCCCUCUCUCCACAGGAGCUGCACGAGUGGUUUGCUCGCCGCUGGAGGCGUACUGCUAGAGCUGGAGCUUCUUCGGCCGCUGAGGGUGCUGGUGCCGCCGGUCUUGGAGCUGCUGGGCCUGCGGAUCCUACUGGAGCUGGAGCUGCUGAGAGUGUUGGUGCUGAGACUGCUGCUGUGUGUCCUGGCGGUGGUCCUGCUGCUGGUGCGGCUGGCGGUCCUGCCGUUGGAGGUGCUGUUGGCGCUGGUGCUGCCGCUGAGGGUGCUGGUGCUGUCCCUGCUGUGUCUGGAGUCCCCGCGCGGCCUCGGCCGUACUUCGUUCCGCUCCUGCAGCAGGUUCUUGGUCUUCCUCCUUCUGUAGAGUGUCCACCGCCUGUCCAGUCGCAGUCACUGUUAGAGCCAGCCUCCCCACUGCCUGCUCCCUCUCCUUACACUGGUCCUACUGGAGGUCUUGCUGAGCGUCGUGAGCCUGCGUCUUGUCCCGCGUCGCCUGUUCGUGCUUCUCGCGCUAGUGGUCGCAGUUUGCGUCAGCGUCCUCCUCCUGUCCCUGGCACGCACCGGAUGUCUUUGCGUCCGUCUACUGCUCCUCUGCGUGCCCCUUUGCCUUCUCCUCCUGAGUCCUCUCUUCUUGCGCUUGCCGACCCGAAGUCGGACUCUCUGCGUGCUGCCAGUCCUACCGUCACGCGUCUUCUUGCUAGUGUGGUCACUGACCCCUCCUUUGAGUCCACUGCUGCGUCUGCUCUUGUUGUUGUUUAA